AUGGGGCCCCUGUGUCCUUGCCCAGACUCAAAAAAGCCUUUGAAAAAGGUACCAGGGGCAUCUCAUGGGGCCCCCUACCGACCCCGGGCCCUCGGGCAGGGGCCCCAUGAGAUGCCCCUGGUACCUUUUUCAUUGGCUUUUUUGAGUUUUGGCAAGGACACAGGGAUCCCAUGAUCCCCUAUUGCCCGGGGGGCCCAUGAGUUUGUCAGUCCGCCCCUGCCACCUACCUAAACAUUGUUGCAGACCAAGUACACCUCUUCAUGGAAACAAUAUUCCCUGAUGGCAG